CUUGGCAUAUGGAUCGGAUGAAUGAAGCAUCUUCACCUGUUCUCGCGAACUUGGAAAAAACUGCAAUCAUCUACGUAAAGUACCAAAAUUUUACGUUGAAAACCAUUUGUAUAAAUGGCGAGCUACGAGACAACCAAUUAAAGUGCGCACUCUCUGGCUGAUGUGCAUUCAUGUUCAUCACACCAUAAAUUGUGAUGGCAUUUAAUUAAGUCCGUUCCGUGCCCCAUGGCUUUCGGGAUUAAAAAAGAAAGACGCAGCAAAUGGACUUAAAAGCUGGGAUCCCCACAAUCAAAACCCCUGAUACUCCGCGGAAUCUAAGUAAUACCGACGAGAUCCAUAAUUCCAUUUAUCCCACUCCUUGGAAAAUAAGCGAGGACCGCCAUACUUAUAUUGAACUCCUUCCCAAUCACAAAGAAAGAGGAAUCAAAAACUAUUAUCUUGUGGCACAAUUGCUUUAUCAAAAUUAUGGCUUCAUAUCCACCAAUCCCGCCCCAAAUGGGUACGUGAAAUGUUCUUCUCCUCUACGACUCUCGUUAACCUAUCCAGGCGCCAACUUUACCGAAACAAUCCAUAAUGAUACUUACUCCGCCAUUGAUCCCACAAAAUUCGAUUACACCGGACGAUAUAUCUUUAUUACAGGGGCGUCUAAAGGUGUUGGUCUAGCAACCGGGAUAGCCUAUGCCAGAGCGGGAGCCAAAGGAAUCGCUUUAAGUGCACGCUCCGAUCUCGAAACAGCCAAGCAAAAAGUCCUCGAAGCCGCAAAAUCGGCAGGCAAGUCUGCACCACAAGUUUUGACAUUCAAAAGUGACGUCACAAAAUGGGAAGAUGUUGCCCACGCCGCAGCGGAAACCAAGAAGGAAUUUGGUCGACUGGAUAUCCUUAUCAAUAACGCUGGAUUUACUGAACAUUGGCUUCCCGUCGCUGAUACUGAUAGCAACGACUGGUGGACUUCCUUUGAAGUAAACAUCAGGGGGGUGUAUUUUCAAACCAAGGCUUUGUUGCCUUUGAUGUUGAAAGGCGGGGAUAAGACAUUUGUCAAUGUUGCUAGCGUGGGUGCUCAUGCUCUUAUUCCAGGUGCAAGCGGAUAUCAGACAUCGAAAGCAGCGUUGCUCAGAUUUACAGAACAUUUCAUGGUGGAUUAUGCGCAACAGGGAGUCCUUGCAUAUUGUAUUAAUCCUGGGGGAAUUCCGACUGACCUUGCUCUGAGGUUGCCCACCACUCUUCAUGAAUGUAAGUACUUGUUCACUAGAGUCGUAAAGAAAUCAAAUGCUAAUAGCAUGAAGGGUUGGUUGAUACUGUUGAGAUGGCUAGCGAUUCAAUGGUAUUUUUGACAGCAGAGAAAAGAGAUUGGCUGGCGGGUCGUUACAUAGAUUGCAAAUGGGACAUGCUGGAGCUUAUGAGCAAAAAGGAUGAGAUCGAAAACACCGAUAAGUUAAGGAUGAGAAUGGUUGUUUAGAUUGUCUUGAGAAAACACUCUUAGGGCGUGAAAUAUAUCAAGUUUCUCUA